AUGGGCUCUAUACCGCAAGAUGACACGGUCACUCCUUCAGGUGAAGCACCGACCUUUGGCCAAGGCACCCGCGUGGCUGUCAUUGGCUCUGGAGUGAGCGGUAUCUGUGCCGGUGCUCACUUACUCAGGCAGGGAGCCAACGUGGUCGUAUUUGAGCGAUCGGGAGUCUCAUCUGGUGUCUGGAACUUUGAUCCAAGGACAGACUCCAACAGUGUGGUAUAUCCCAGCAAGCCAGCGUCGCUAGGGGAUUACGCGACGUCGGUCCCUGGCCAGUUUCUCCCACAGCAAUCGAGCAAGCAGCACCAUCCACUGAAUACCUCUGAUGGGGAUGCCCUUGAGGUUACCUUUGCUCCUCCUGGACCGGCAUACUCUGGGCUUAAGAACAAUGUCCCGACCAGCUUGUUGUACAGCAACCUCAAGCCCUGGCCCAAGGGAACCCCCGAGAACGUGAGCCACUGGGAGAUUGCCAAGUAUCUCCAUAACCUCAGCACCGAAAAUGGGCUUGAUGAGGUCACUCUCUAUAAUACCCGAGUCGAAAAUGCUACAAAGUCACCAGACGGAAAAACAUGGAUUGUUCGAACCAUCACUUUGCUGGCAAAGGACGGCUCACCGCGGAUUGUUGAGAGAACAUGGGAGUUUGAUGCCAUCGUCGUCUGCUCUGGCCACUACAACCUUCCUCGCAUCCCUGAUAUUCCAGGGCUGAGCCAGUGGAAAGAGCUCUUCAAAGACAGAAUCAGUCAUACGAAGGAGUAUCGCAAUCCAAACCGCUUUCGAGACAAGAACGUCUUGGUCAUCGGAGGCGGUACCUCGUCUCUCGAUGUUUGUCGAGAGUUGAGCGACGUAACUACAGGCGUCUAUCAAAGCACUCGAGGAGGUCAGUUUGAUCAUCCGACAGAGGUUCUGCCACAUAUCGUCAAGAGGGUUGGCGGUGUGACGGCGUUCACACUGGACUCUAACGCUAUUCCCAAAGAUGGUCUCGAGGAACAAUCACCUAUCCCGGGCCAGAUUGUCUUGAAGGAUGGGCAAACCCUCAAAGACAUCCACCACGUCAUUGUGGCUACGGGCUAUCUCACCUCGUUCCCGUUCCUGCCCCAAUAUCACAAUGACAAUUUGGACCCGGAUGACGCUAGUCCAGAAGUACUCGUCACAUCAGAAGCAAACAUGGUGCACAACUUGUACAGAGACAUCUUUUAUAUCGAAGAUCCGUCUCUAAGCUUUGUCGGAAUUCCUUACUACGUUUCUACAUUCUCUGUGUUUGACUUUCAAGCACAGGCAAUCGCACGCGUUCUCACAGGCAAGACACGUUUGCCCAGUCGGCAAACCCUUCGAGGAGACUACAACAAGAGAAUCAGCCUUCGAGGGAGAGGUCGCAACUUUCAUAGUCUGGCAGAGGAGGGAGCUGAGCUUGCGUACAUCAAAAACCUUGUGGACUCUGUUAAUGAGGCUGCGACUAGUCAAGAUGUUGAGCCAAUGCAGGGCCACACGGAGGAAUGGCUUGCAACUCAUAGAGCAUACAAGGAGAGGAGAAAUUUGCUCCGGCAAGGCAAGAUCAAGACGCUAAUACCACUUGACGAGUUUCUGCGGCUGAAAUUUUGA